AACAAAUAAAACCAGGGAGUCGAAUAAAACAAAAUGAAUGUGUCUACUGUGCAGCCAGUAUUUAAAUUAGAAUUAAAUCAUAAAGUGAAUCCCGGAAUAGUGACGUUAGCCAAAUAUGACGGUACACAUGCUUGUCUCACGGCAUCUGCUGGCUACGAUAAAAUAAUAAUACAUCAUCCUCACGUCGGAGCUAUCACUGGGCGCGCUCAAAUAUCUGAAAACCACAGGGAAAUUUCAGAGCUGAAUUUGAGUCAAGCCGUGAUAGCUCUAGCCGCUGGGCCUCUGCGUCCAGACACUAAUCGAGAUAUUCUUCUGAUCGGUUCACCUACGCAAAUCCUAGCCUACGACGUUCACGAUAAUUCAGAUCUGUUCUUCAAAGAGGCACCAGACGGCGUAAACGUUAUUGUAGCAGGAAGCUUCGGAAAGUAUACGAAGACUUUAGCCAUUGUAGGGGGAAACAGCUCGGUUUUAGGUCUCACUUGGGAAGGCAAUGAGGCGUUUUGGAACGUGGUUGGCGGGAAAGUUACCGCGAUGAUCACUUUUGACUUUGACAGAGACGGUGAAAGUGAGCUGAUUGUCGGCUCAGAAGAUUCCUUUAUUAGAGUGCUCAAGAACAAUCAGUUCGUUGCGGAAAUAGCAGAAACAGGGCCCGUGGUGUGCUUGUCCGUCAUAUCCGAUGUGCGAUUUGCAUACGGAUUAGCUAACGGUACCAUAGGUAUUUAUGAGGACGGUGUGCGACUGUGGAGAGUUAAGUCAAAACAAAACGCUAUAUCGCUUCAAUGGUCAGGCGAGGCCCUCGCUUGCUGCUGGAGUAAUGGGCGCGUGGACUGGCGGGACGGAUCCUCGGGCAGGGUGCUACGCAGAGUUCAGAUGAGAGCCAGUGCAGCUGCAAUGCUUUUGGCGGACUAUAGAGCUCUGGGCACUCCAGAUCUUGUCUGUGUUUCGGUUAGAGGAGAAGUUUUAGGCUAUUCUCCAACGCAAGAGAGUAGCGGAUUCAACGAUACCACCAAGAAUCCAGCAACAGAGGAAGACCGCCUGGCAAUAACAGAGUUAUUGAACAAAAAACAGGCUCUGAUGCUAGAGUUACAGCAUUAUGAAGCUAACGCUGCAAGUGCGGUUAUGCCUGAUUUAGAAGACGAUCGUCCUACUACCGCAAUGCCUACUAAUACCAGAUUACAGGUUGCCGUUGUCCAUUCUCUGGACGAGGGUUGUUUAAAUCUUGCCAUAUCGACGAACAACGAGACCAUCGUCAGAGCAGCGCUAAUAUUAGCUGAAGGUAUAUUUGAAUCAGGCGAAACAUUGGCGCGUCACCCGCCGCUUUCCCAAAUCCGUCCCAUAUUACACGUGCCUUUGCACCCCCCCAGAGAUGUACCCGUCGAUGUGCACAUCAAAGCUCUCGUCGGCUAUCCGAACAGCGAGCAGUACCACAUCUUUGAAAUGACGAAACAACUACCAAGAUUUGCCAUGUACACAAUGAAUUACAAUGCUACAAACCGAAUUAAUUAUAACAGCAGUUACGUGACUUUUCAAAUAACAGAGAGGCUCCAAAGAAUUUGUAUUUGGGCUAACCAGAACUUUCUGUUGGAGAACGAGUUGGAAUUGAACUCGGAGGAUGCUAAAGAGUUUCAUGUCAAUUUGACGUGUCUGAGAGAUCAGUCUACGUUGGAUAUGAACUUUAAUGUUGAUGGUAAUGUGAAGAUCACCACUAGUGAUAUGAGGCUCGCCGGAGAUUUGGUGCAAAGUUUGGCGGUUUUCUUGAAUUUGACAGAUUUAAAGUCAACAGCAAACUUCGUAGAAGCUGAAAAGAAAUUACGCGAAGAAAUGGAAAAUGCAUCUCAAGCAGGGGAAAUGAGAUCGCGCUUAGCUGCCGAAACAGCAGAACGAGCUCAACUGAUAACAGCUUUAUUACCAGCUGCACAAGACGCCGCAUCAUAUGAUUUGAAAGAAAUGCUGAAUAGGUAUAAAGAGGUGGUGAUGUUAAACGAAGAACUCAUAGCAGCAUGCCACGUACGACGCGCUACACAAGAACAUGCCGUGGCUUCACUCAAAACUUUACAUACUAUUUUACAACAAGCGGCGCGGUUAAGAGUGGGUAAAUACAGCAAGGCUGUUGUAAGCGCAAGUAGGAAUGCAGUGAAGGAAAAUAACGUGGAAGCGCUGAUUAAAAUCAUUCAAGUCGGAGAGUCGCUAUAAGAAACCUAAUAAAUAAAUAUAUCGAUCAAUAUUCGAAAUUCACGCGCAUUAUUGGCCUCUAUUUAUAUUGAUUUAGUAAAUAAAAAAUGUAUACACUAAA